CCUCUAAAUAAGUGGUCAAAAUUUUUGAUUAUUUUGACCAAUCAAAGAGAAUACAAAUACUACGUUGACCAAUUUUGACUGAGGUUUUGAGAAUAACGCAAAUUAAUUUUGUGUGAUUACCUACUUUUUCCAUAUAUAAUUCUCUUUAAAACCUACUAGUCAGCAGCUAGUUUAUUGGUCUCUGCUAGUCAGUUGCAAACCAUAUAAUACACACAAUAUAAUGUUUUUCGGCCUGCGCCUUUAUAACUAACAUAAAUUGUAGCAGGGAAUGUUUUUGUAAUGUCUACUUCAAGCAACAUUUCCCAAUCUACAUACUCACCAUCGGAACCCGAAACUCCUCAAGGCACAACCCAAAGUAGAAUUCAAAACUUUGAUCAAUCACUAAGUCAUGCAGAUAUUGGACACAGCAUUGAACAGUCAGUGAAGAGUGCACAGAAGGAGGAUCACCAGAAAAGGAUUCAGUUGCUGAGAAAAGAACUUGACUAUUUAAAAUCCACUGAAUGGGAAUUUGAAUAUGAGAAGGGUUUCGCCCAAUAAAGUUUACAAUGUUUUCCUACAUUACUUCAAUUUUUAGCUACAUAUUUGGUAAACAGGAAGAGAAUGAUGAUGAUGAUGAUGAAAGAGAGGAAUUCCUUGCUGACCAGCUUAUGAAUUUAGAUUUUGUGGAUGAAAAUCGUUUUGAUAAAUUACUUGAACCUAAGGAAAUACCAAAAACUGCUAAUUGCUUUCAAAGAACAGGUGUAGUAACUUAUCUAGAUACUGAUCACAUUCUGAUUGAUGGAUCCCUAUAUUUCAGUUUAGAAUCAUGCUCAAUAAGCAUAACGCUGAAUGACAAAGUGUUAUAUCUUGGAUACAAGGAUGAAAAUGAUUCAAUUAUAGUUGUGAGAAUUCUAGAAUGUCAUGGAACAUAUUGGGGGGAUGGAGAUAUCAAAGAUGAUGCAGAAGAAAGUAGUUAUGACAUUAUUGAACAUGUUGUAAUAGGAGAAGUGGAGGCUAGACUAGAUAGAUGGGUUUACAUGAAAGAUAAUGAUUUAAAAUUUAACCUGGAUGAUGUAUCUGCUUCAUUUGUUCCUAUCAAAGGGGACUGGCUGGAAUUAAAAUGCAAUGUGCAGUGGGAUGAGCAAAAGCCACAUGAUAUUGCUGCAGCGCAGGUAUUACAAAUUUUAUCAGUCAAACCACUUCGAAAACAAAUAAAAUCCGUAACAGUCACUGAAUGGUCGGGUGAAAGUGGCACAUGUGAUCGCCAGAUUUACUUCAACAAACAAAGCAUACAGGAUGGCACACAACCACAGGCUGGAUCUCGGGUAUAUGUAGAGGCAAUUGAGAGUAACCAAGGGCUUUGUGUAUGGAGGGCUAUAAAAUUGAUAACAUUAGAGCUGAAUCAUAUUGCAAACCCAAUGCCUAAACAGGAUGAAACAGAUUUAAUAUUGGAAGAUGAACUAAAUAUUGCAGCAACACAUACUUUAAAAUUUAAUAAUGUUGAUAUUAAUGAGACUGCAACAAUAGAUUUGGCUAUAACCAAUAAUAGCGAUCAAUAUUACGUCAUAAAUAAAUGGAUACUACUCAGUAAGAAAAGGGAUUCUCAAGUUAGUGUAAGCCCCAUAUUGGCAAGACCAAGAAAAUUAUAUCCAAAACAGACAUUUACUUUUACAAUUACAUGCCUCCCAAAAUUUUUAGGCAAUACAAGAGAACAAAUGAUUGUCAUGUUCAGAGGAUUUCAGAUAAAAAGAUUCAUAGAGAUAAAUAUUGUAAAUAAAACAUUUUCAAAUCAAAAUUCAAUCAACUUUGUUAAUAUCAAAUCAGAACAUGACAAAAUAGAAAGUAUGAAAAAAAUUCGCAAUAGCGAAAAUUCAUUUAUACCUGGAGUAAGAACUGUUAAGCCUCCAGCUUUUGUACCUGUACGGGUUGGACAAUUUAAUAUCCCGCAAAAAAUUUGGUCAGUUGUCCUAGGAGAUUCAGAACAAACAGUUUAUUCUUCAGAAUAUGACAAAAUCAUAAGCAGAAUUGAGUGUCACCUACCUUGUUUGACAAAACAUUUGAGUAUUGGUAAUUAUAUUGAUAGAUGGCAUACCUUAUUAUACAUUGAGGAGAUUCAAAAUAACAUUAAUAUGAGAGCUUAUGACAUACCAAAAGCAUUUUUGAUUAGGUGCCAAGAAUAUCUGGGCCUUGAAAUUAAGGGUCUGUCUGAGAAACGACCAUCUUUGAUCCAAGGGGAUAGAGUAAUAGUCAAAGAUGUUUGGAACCCUGAUGCAUCCAAUUAUGAAGGUUACAUUCAUGUCGUCAAGGGUGAUAUGGUAUUAAUGAAGUUGCAUCAACAAUUUCACGAAUCUUAUAGCGGGAGCGAUGUAUCUAUUGAAUUUCAUUUUAGUAGAAUGUCUUAUAGAAGAGCGCAUCAAGCGAUCAAUUUAGCUCUUUCCAAUUUGGGGGUAGAUGUAUUAUUUCCAUCUCGUGUUUUAUCUCGAACGCCACAGCUUACACGUGAGGCAUUAGACAAUGUCUCAUGGUUUAAUAAAAAUUUAAAUGUGGAACAAAAAUUAGCUAUUACUAACGUAUUUGGGGAGUGUCGUCCUUUACCUUAUUGUAUAUACGGGCCACCAGGUACAGGGAAAACAGUUACUGUGAUAGAAGCAAUAUUACAAAUAUUAAGCCUCUUACCUGACAGCAGAAUUCUCGUAGCCACCCCAUCAAACAGUGCAGCUAAUUUAGUCACGGAAAGACUUAUACAAUAGCAAUGUUUUUCGGGAUCUGUUGUUCGGCUCCUUGCAGCCCAUUUAGUCGGUUCUGACAGUAUACCCGAUAUCAUAAGACCAUUUUGUGCCACACUUGACAUAGCUAGAGAAAACACAGUAAAAUCGAGGCAUGUUGUGGAGAAUGGUAUCAAUUUGAACUGUCAGACCUCAUUUAUUGGGCGGCAUCGUGUUACAAUUGGAACGUGUUAUAAUAUUGGAACGUUAGCACAGAUGGGUCUUCCAAAAGGCCAUUUUACCCAUGUCAUAGUAGACGAAGCCGGUCAAGCGACAGAACCAGAAAUUAUGAUACCUUUAACAUUCACUGACAAAGAAAAUGGACAGAUAAUUCUAGCCGGCGAUCCAAUGCAGCUGGGACCAGUGAUUAUGUCAAGAUAUUGUAAAGAAUUUGGCAUGGACGAAUCUUAUUUGAGUAGGAUACUCGAUACAUUCCCAUCAAAAGAUUUCGAUGCCUAUAAUAAUGGAUAUAAUAAUAAAUUAGUAACAAGAUUGAUAGAUAACUACAGGUCGUUGAAGGAGAUUUUGACUCUGCCAAGUGCUAUGUUGUACGAUGCGUCUUUGGUGGAAAAAUUAGAAAGGUCACAGCCCUGGAUUACAGAAAUGUUAAAUGUUGUUUCCGAGAUAUUUGGUAGCAACGAACAAGCCACUGGUGGUAUUUAUGUGUAUGGCAUAAAAGGAUGUAAUAUGAGAGCUGAAGACAGUCCUUCUUGGUACAAUCCUCAAGAGGCAUCCAUGCUAGCAUUAACAGUUUGUAAACUCUACAAGAAAAAUAUAAAGCCAACAGACAUUGGAGUUAUAGCACCAUAUAUAGCACAGAUAAAGUAUAUUCGUAUGUUGUUCGACGCAAUGGGGCUGCCUCAGGCUAAAAUUGGUACAGUUGAAGAAUUCCAGGGACAAGAACGGCCCAUUAUUCUUAUAUCAACGGUUAGGUCAACUGAAGCGCAUUUAUUCGAAGACCAAAGGAAUACUCUAGGUUUUGUCAAGAAUCCUAAAAGACUGAAUGUCGCAAUUACUAGAGCGCAAGUAGCUGCAAUCGUAUUUUGCGAUCCAACGCUGUUAUCUCGAGAUCCUUUGUGGCAAAGAGUAGUAAAGUAUGCUGUUGAAAACGACAAAUACAUUGGAUGCGAUUUGCCCUAUGAGUGUCAACAACAUGGACAAUAAAAUAUGUAUUACUGUAUA